AGAAUUAGAUGUGCCUCACUGAAAACCCAACGUGCUCGGUCUCUAUUUGUCUCUGCUGUUUUCUAGCGUGCAUGCGACGCGUGGAAGUAUCAUCAGUAGCAUUUACCGCUAUCUUGGCCUUUUAAAUCGGCCAGUUCCAACGGCCAGUUGCAUUAAAAUUUCAUCAUGAGUAGUCGUUUCUUUGCGACUGGCUCCGAUUCGGAGUCGGAUAGCGGGUCGGACGAGGAGCAGGUAGUUCGCGCACCAGCAGCAAACUUUGCCUUCAGCGAUGAUGAAGAAGAUACUAAACGUGUUGUUCGUUCAUCAAGAGAGAAACGUUAUGAAGACUUGAUGAACAUAAUCAAACAAAUCAGGAACCACAAGAAAAUCAGGGAUAUGAGUAGCAUGCUCACUGCUUUUGAAGAUCUUACGAAAGCAUAUCAGAAAGCUUUGACUGUUAUUUCAAAAGAAGAAAAUGGCCGUACUCCUAGAUUUUAUUUACGUAUUCUCACCGAGAUGGAAGACUUCAUCACUGAAGUUUGGGAAGACCGUGAGGGCAGGAAAAACAUGUCAAAAAAUAACUCCAAAUCCCUCUCAUCUUUGCGACAAAAAUUGAGGAAGUACCUGAAAGAUUUUGAGGAUGAAAUCGCCAACUUCCGUGAGAAACCAGAUCUACCCGAUGAAGAUGAUCAAGCUGACGAACCAGAAGAUGAGUCAGAUUCAGAUGAGGACAAGCCUAUGAUUCCUGCAAGUUUCAAGAAACCAGAGACGGCCACAGAACAGAAACCAGCCAAAAAGGUAGCAGUAGACACUGGCGAUGACAGUGAUGAUUCCAUCGAUUGGGGAUCUGAUUCUGACAGCAGUGAAUCCAGUUCGGACGAUGAAGGACAGUACACCAGUAUUCGAGAACGUUUUCUUAAAAAAACAACGGAUCGCGAGGAAGAAGAGAAGAAAGAAAAGAAAAAGGAGCGGAAAGAAAAAGAAGGUCGUCGUAAAGCUAGACAUGAUGAAGAGGAAGACGCCGAAGGAGGAGGAUGGGAAACUGUCAAGGGCGGAGUUGCCAUCGCUUCUGAAAAACCAAAAAUGUUCGCCAAGGAUGCAGAGAUUAAUGUUGAUAUUGUCCUGAGCAAGCUUGGUGAAAUUAUGGCAGCACGUGGUAAGAAGAGAACAGAUAGGAAGGAACAAAUAGAGCUCCUCCAUGAGCUGCAAAACAUCUGUGAGCUGAAAGGACUGGGCGUGGCCAUAGUUAUUAAAAUCAAGUUGGCCAUCGUCUCCUCGAUUUUCGAUUACAACCCUAAAGUGUCCGAUCCAAUGAAGCCUGAGUACUGGGCAAAGCUUCUAGACCGAAUCAAUCAAACGAUGGAUCUGAUUCUAACUGUCAACGAUGUAAUAAUCAAUGACACCAUUCUCGAGGAUGAUGAAAACUUUGAGAAGGCACCGUACAGGAUUCGUGGUUGCACACUCACCAUUGUUGAACGUCUCGAUGAGGAAUUCACCAAGUUGUUGAAAGAGUGCGAUCCUCACUCGAAUGAGUAUGUUGUGCGACUUAAAGAUGAAAAGCGGGUUACUCAGAUCAUCGACAAAGUUCAAGAAUAUCUCGAGAGGCAAGGUGUUGCCCCUGAUCUAUGUCGUAUUUACCUGAGGAAAAUAGAGCACUUGUACUACAAGUUCGACCCACAAGUAUUGAAACAGAAACAAGGUUUAAUUCCUCCUUCAGAGGUUACAUCGCUACAAGUAAUGGAUCGUUUGUGCAAAUAUAUUUAUGACAAAGAUAAUACAGAUCGUUUGAGAACAAGAGCCAUUCUUUCCCAUGUCUAUCACCACGCACUCCAUGAUAAUUGGUUCCAAGCCCGAGAUCUUAUGCUUAUGUCUCAUCUCCAAGAUACAAUCCAGCAUGCUGAUCCGGCAACACAGAUCUUAUACAACCGAACCAUGGCUCAUCUAGGUUUAUGCGCUUUCCGUCACGCCAACAUCAAAGAUGCGCACAACUGUCUAGUAGAUUUAAUGAUGACUGGUAAAAUGAAGGAAUUGUUAGCCCAAGGUUUACUUCCUCAGCGGCAACAUGAAAGGAGUAAAGAGCAAGAAAAAGUUGAGAAACAACGACAGAUGGCAUUCCACAUGCAUAUUAAUUUGGAACUCAUUGAGUGUGUCUACUUAGUCUCUGCAAUGCUCACAGAAAUUCCAUACAUGGCGGCUCACGAAUUUGAUGCCCGUAGACGCAUGAUUUCAAAAACAUUCUAUCAGUUACUGCGAACUAGUGAACGUCAAUCACUCAUAGGACCUCCCGAGACCAUGAGAGAACACAUCAUUGCAGCUAGUAAAGCCAUGCGCAAUGGAAAUUGGCAGGCAUGCAGAGAUUUCAUUGUAAACAAGAAGAUGAAUACAAAGGUCUGGGAUCUAUUCUAUGAAAAUGACAAAGUGAGGGAUAUGUUAGCUCGACUCAUCAAGGAAGAGUCCUUACGAACGUAUCUUUUCACUUACUCACAUGUCUACUCGACGAUUUCCAUGCCGACUCUUGCUGACAUGUUCGAGCUAGGUCACUCUACUGUCCAUUCAAUCAUUAGUAAAAUGAUCAUCAAUGAAGAGCUAAUGGCAUCUCUGGAUGACCCAACUCAAACAGUUGUUAUGCACCGAAGUGAACCAACUCGCCUACAAUCGCUUGCGCUCCAAUUGGCAGACAAAGUUAACAACUUUGUCGAUGCUAAAGAACGCAUCUAUGAAAUGAAGCCUGGAUCGUUCUUCCCUCGCGGAGGACAACAAGGAAACUACAGGCAAGGUGGAUACAACAGGCAGGGCCAAGACUGGAACAGGAACCGCAAGGAUAGACAGGAGGGCCGUGCUUAUUAAUCAUAUACAUUGUUUUAUUUUAUAAAUAGUGAAUUUUGCAAUUCUUCCUGAAGUGAGCAUUGUGAAGCCUUGAGGAACCAAAUUAAGUUAAGCGACACCUUUUCUACCUAGCAUUGAACUUAAUCGCGAGUUAAUUGUUCGUGACAACUCUGAUGAUUUGUUUAAUAAAUAUUUUGUAUAAUUUUAA